CAGAAUCGAGCGCCCUUCCAGACCAUGUCUGCGCCUCCCCGCCGCUCGGCGCGGCUUGCUAAGGUCAAGCCGGAGCUGCUUGUUGAGGAGGAUUCCCUCAACGUUGUCCAACAUGUUGAGCCGGAGCGCAAGAAGAGGAACAAGCAUGUUGAGCCAGAGCUCCCAGAAGCGGCUGGACGUGUCGAGCCCGCCAGCGGCAGCAGAACGACUCCCAAGAAGCUGAGCGAUUUUGCGCCGCCCGCAACGCCCGCGACCCACGCCAUGAAGCCUCCCAGCACAGAGAUGCACCCCAGCAAAUUCCAUCCCACCACUGCCGAACCGUCAUCCGCUCUUAGACUGGGCUUUACCGAUAUCGACGUCGCCAAGAGACGCGACAGCUCCCAUGGAGCAGGCCUUCAAUCCACCCCGUCCAAAGUUGGCGGCGUGCCAUCUUCUGCAUUCACCCUCCGUGUCCCUCACGGCAUCGAUGCCAACCAAUUGGGACUGGGGCCCGAAGCCCUACGCGUCCUGGAGGGCCUCAAGGAGAAGGCGGCCGAAUACAAGGCUGAUCUCAUCGCUCAGAGGGCAAACGAUCCCUCGUCCGCCGCAACCGACGCCAAUGGCCGCACGAUUGCCAAGCCCAAGGGCAAGUCCGGAAGGUUUAGCGCGGCCCAUAUGGCUGAGUUCAAGAAGAUGGACUCUAUUGAAGGCCAUGCCUCGGCUUGGAGAGCGCAGAACGGAAGAUUCAGCCCCGUCAAAUCUGGCGUCAAGCGAUCUCACUCCAAGACCAACCUCGACACGCCUCAGAAAAAUGCGAAGCCGAGUCCCUCAAAACUGCAAAAGGAGGCGCCAUCUACUGUACCGAGGAAGCGCGCUUCGGAGGCGGACAGCUUUGGACGUUUCUCUGCCAGGAGGGCGGCAGCCAAGGCUUCUGUCCAGGAACCUCAAAGCCCUGCAAAGGACGAGCAGCCUUCGCUCCCUGCCAAGAGACUCAAAAAGACCGCAGACGACGAUGCUUCGACAGCUCGACCGGCGGCUCAAGAAAGCACAUCGAUUCCUCGCCCGAUGCCCAGCCCCAAGAGACCUACUGCUUCCAGAAUCGGUCGGCCUAGUAUUUCCCGCCUAGUGAGCCCAAGGAAGUCGGUCUUUGAUUUCCUCGCGAGCCCCGGAAAACCCAAGGCUUCUGGUACUGCUGCACCGCCAUCGAAAUCAGUCUCCAAAGACCAGGGAGAAACCAAGGAGCCCAAGGAGCCCAAGGAGUCCGUCAGAGUCGUCAAGGAUUCCAAUGAGCCCAAGGGGCUCAAGGAACUCAAGGCAUCCAUCAGAGCGGUCAAGGACCUCACGGAGUUCAAGGGCCUCAAAGAAGCCAAGGAGCUCAAGGAGACCAAGGAGCUCAAGGAAGCCAAGCUCCAGGAAGCCAAGGAGCCCGAAGAAACCGACAAUGUUGAUGCAGGCCUAAGCAACUCGGCCAUGAAGCGAUCGCUGAUGCGGUCUGUGUUUGGAGGCAGCCCAUUCUCGCCCAAGGCAAAGAGUGCCAUCCCGCAGCCUGUUCCUACCACUGCACAGACACCGCCAGCUCCGACUCGCUUCUCCAAUCUGAACAUUACGCGGCUCGCAGCCACUCAGCCUGUGAGGAAGCUUGCCAAGCAUGUGACAUUCACGCCGGAAGUUACGCGAACCGUCUUUGACCCAGACACGCCUUCGCCUCUCAAGUCGACCACUACUAAGAGGGCUCUGGUCUAUUCUCCAGCCGAGGAAGUUUUAGCAGCAUCAAAGUCUUCAGGCGACAUAACAUAUCCCGACUUGUCCAGCUACAAGCAUCUUCUCGAGUCGAAGCCAGAGAGCGUCGAAUCCCCCACCCCUUCCGUUCCAGGCAAGUUUACGUUCCGCAGCGAUCACACAAUCAAGUUUGGGAACCCAUCGCCGUCUGGAUUUGGUGCUUCUCCUGGCCAGUCGAGCGUGCGUCAUGUGCGCAACUCGAUCAAGCCUGCAUCAGAGAUGCCCGGCGCCUUUCCGGAUCCCGUCUCUCCGAGCUCCCACCCGAACAAGGAGAACACGGCACCGUCUCCGCCCAAAAUGCUCCCCGGGGUUCCUCACGGCAUGGCCAACAAGAAGCGUCAUCGCGCCGGCACGGAUGAAGGAGAUGCGGAUAAGGAGGCAGCUGAUCGUGCCGGAAAGAAGGCCAAGAGUAGCCACGUUCCGGAGGGAGAGGCUCUGCUGGCACCUCGUCUUCUCGCCACAACUCCCAGUGCCACCACGAAGAAGCCCAGUGUGAUUCGCACCGUUGGCCAAACGCCUGGAGCUCGCCCCAUCAACCGGAAAGUCAGCUCGGCGUCGCCUUCCAAGAAGAGACCAACGCUGAGCAUGAGCCGCCUCAACAUGCUCGCCCGCCCAAAGAACCGUGGUUAGGUAACCAGAUGGGCGUUACGAAGGAAAAUGGGGGAGCUCCC